GAUUUAAACACAAAAAGCAGCUGAACAAGAACCCUGAUCUUUAUUUUUAUUUGCUUCCACCAGGAUACUUUGAGUGACCAAAUUCUCUACCGAUAACUUGGAGAUUCUCUAGCUGCCAUGAUAAUUGUCUCUGCUGGCCUCUUCAAAGACUGUGGCAGAUGUUUCAAAUCCAGCAGUAUAGUUGGUGUUGGCCUGGGUGACACCCUGGCAUAUCGUCAUACAUAUAAGAUCAACCAAGUAUCCUUCUCCAGUUCUAUCCCUUCUUCAUACUAUUGCUGUGCAACACUAUCAAAAACAAUGGAGGAAGCAAAGCAAACAUUUGAUGUAGACAAAGCUGCUGUGCUAGUUAAGGAGCUCAGGAAAACCUUUAGUUCAGGCAAGACUAAGAGCUAUGAAUGGAGAAUGUCACAAUUGGAAAGUAUAUCAAAGAUGAUUGAUGAAAAGGAGAAGGAGAUUAUAGAAGCACUUCAUAAGGACCUAUCGAAACCUGAACUUGAAGCUUUUAUAUCAGAGAUUUCGAUGACAAAAUCCUCAUGUAAGUUGGCUCUUAAAGAACUUAAACAUUGGAUGAUGCCAAAAAAGGUUGAAACUUCAAUGGCAACUUAUCCAUCGUCAGCGAAAAUUGUGUCAGAACCUCUUGGAGUUGUGUUGGUCAUAUCUACCUGGAACUUUCCCUUUUUAUUGUCUCUUGAUCCGGUGAUUGGAGCCAUUGCAGCCGGUAAUGCUGUCGUCCUUAAACCAUCAGAAAUUGCUCCUGCCACAUCAUCACUGCUUGCAAGGUUACUAGUAGAAUAUGCAGACGAAUCUGCCAUAAGAGUUGUUGAGGGUGCUGUUGCUGAGACCUCUGCAUUAUUAGAACAAAAGUGGGAUAAGAUCUUUUUUACAGGUGGGGCGAGAGUAGGGCGCAUUGUGAUGACUGCAGCAGCGAAGCACCUUACACCAGUAACUCUUGAACUUGGAGGAAAGUGCCCGGUUCUUGUUGAUUCUAAUGUUGAUUUACAAGUUACUGCAAGGAGGAUUGUAGCAGGCAAGUGGGCAUGCAACAAUGGACAAGCUUGCAUUGGUGUUGAUUAUAUUAUAACAACAAAAGACUUUGCCCCUCAGUUGAUAGAUGCUCUAAGAAGUGUACUGGAGGAAUGCUUUGGAAAAGAUCCAAUGGAAUCCAAGGACCGUUCUCGCAUUGUAAACUCAUUCCACUUCAUGCGUCUAGUAAAUCUCUUGGAUGAGGAUAAGGUCUCUGAUAAAAUUGUUGUUGGAGGCCAGAGGGACAGGAGCCAUUUGCAAAUAGCUCCAACAAUAUUGUUGGACGUUCCUGAUGACUCACGGAUAAUGCAGGAAGAAAUUUUUGGACCAUUACUUCCCAUAACGACCGUUGAAAAGUUGGAGGAUGCCUUUGACAUGAUAAACAGAAAGCCAAAAGCUCUUGCUGCAUAUCUCUUCAGUGAUGAUGAGCAGAUCGAAAGGAAGUUUGUGCAAAACGUAUCUGCUGGAGGAAUAGCCAUUAAUGACACCAUUCUGCAACUAACGGUUCCCACUUUACCUUUCGGAGGAGUUGGGGAAAGUGGAAUGGGUUCAUACCAUGGUAAAUUCUCUUUCGAUGCUUUUAGCCACAAUAAGGCAGUUUUAUACAGAAGUUUCGCAGGAGAAUCUCCUACUAGGUACCCUCCAUACACACCAGGAAAGCAAAAACAAAUGAAGGCCUUAAUCAGUGGCGACGUAUUUAACAUUAUGCUUGCUUUACUUGGAUGGUUUAAAGACUGAGAAUGCAGACAGAUUUGCUUAUCUCAAUACAAGAUUUCUUAGCUACUUUGCAUUCAAGAUGAACUGUUGGGUAAUUGUAUGAAGUUAGAAUGUCAGAAUAUAUAGUGUAUUGUAAAGGUGCUAAUUGCACCACUCAAGUAUGUACUUGACAUUUGCUCCUUGGUGAUCAGUUUUACCUCUUGAUUUUAACCUCAGGUAAUUUUACCUAUGGUUCUUAUUUCUUUACUAUAGGUAAAAGUAAGCUUUUAGAGAA